AUGCCCUUUCAGGUUAAACUUCCAGACACCCCGCUCAUCCUUGCUGGUGCCUUUGGUGGUCCGUUUGGCAUCUUUUUUUUGACGCCACUCCGGAAUGCCCUGACGUUGGCAAGCCAAAAUCCAGACAGUUCUGCGGAGGAGUUGUACUCCAACGUGUUUGCUGGCGGUUUCGCGGCUGGCUGGACAGGAGGCUUGGCAUGUGUGCCUCCAAGUUGCCCGCAGUUUAUCGUUAUGGGACCUCUUUUCCAUUUUCUCAAGGAAUUGCUCGAGUCUGCUCCGCUGGCGGUCGUGUGCAGCUCCAUUGCCGAGAGCACCAUCUCUUAUCCAUCCCAGACCAUCAAUGCACAAAUGGCUUUCAAUGUUGAUCAGGGCCUUGUUGGUGGCGUGCAGGUACCGCUUUGGAGCCCAUUCUUGCCAUGGGGCCCUGGCUCUUCUGCGCAUGUGUUUCGGAACAUUGUCGCGCUGAGCGGGCUACGAGUGUUCUCGGCACCUUGCCAGGCGGGCCUUGCGAGGGCUGCAGACGUCAUCGGCUUCCCGCUACCCCUGGAAGCGCAACAGUUCUUUGGAGAUUUCGUUGCCUCCAUGGGAUCUGCAAUCCUCAGUGCGCCCCUCAAUCAGCUGUACAAUUUUGCGGUCACCUCCAAUGAGUUCAUGGCCUCUGGCAUGAUCCACAAGCUGAUGCUGGCAAGAAAUUUCCUCAUAGAUGCAUACCUCGUCUACGAUGCCGAAGAUCACUGGGUUGGGGUUUCGCCAACUCUGGGCCGUGACCUCUUCAUGCGGUGCGCCUACAUUGCCACGCUCUACGCGCUCUUUGGUGCCAUUGAGCGUUUCUUUGUGACCAUGUGGAAGCGCUUCCACAACCACAGGCACUGCGGCCAGGCUCUGGUGUUUCUUGUCUGUUUGUUCCACCACGUGUCAGGUGAAUCUACAGCCUCAAGGGGCAUGCCUGCCAAUGUUUCGCAGGCUGUUCUGGAUGGACAAGUAUGUGAAAAAGAGCGGAUUUGUAGCAACAAGCCAGUGUCAAUAAUGAAUCCAAAUGCUUGUCACUUAAUGCAAUUUGGUGCCUGCGCCGAAAGGCUUGGAGUGAUUGCAGCACCUAAGAUAACAGCCGCUAGAACUAUCUCAUGCCAGUUCCUUUCCGCCCGCCCAACCGCAGCCUUCAAAGGGACGAAACGUGCCAGUUGUUUUUGGGGCGUCCUAGUCAUCUUCUUCGGCGCGCUUGCCUUCACUUCCAUCGGCCCUGAUGCUUGA